CUUCAGACUCAAAUCGAAAGAAAUCGAAUAAGAAAAUAAGGAGAAAAUUUUCUGAGUCAAGUGGGGUUGGGAUUCUUCCAGUCUUUUCUCGGGCAGCCCUCAUCCCGUCUCUCUCUCUCUCUCUCUCUCUCUCUCCCCCACCUUUUUUUUAACAGUAUUCCGGGCUCUUUUCUUCGUUUUUUUUUUUCGCUUCCCAUCUUUUUCCCUACCUUGAUUUCUUCUUUUCAUCAUUUAUCAUUUUUUUUUUUUAAAUUUACACCCACUCAGGCUGCCCCAGUAAUCAUCACCCUCUACCCUCUGUGCACUACCCACUACAACACCCAGCUACUGAUUUUUUCUCUUCAUUUUCUGUCCCUGAUCUCUUUGUACACAUGUAUGGAUAGAUAGGAGAGGGAAAAGGCUAUUGGUUUGGGAGGAUGUUUUAAAGAAAACCCAUCUUAUUGACUGUUCUUUCCAUGUUAGACUGCAUGGUGAAAGCUAUGAUGGCUUAGAGAGAGAGAGAGAGAGAGAGAGAGAGAGGAAGUGGAAAGAGAUAUAUCUGAACUGGUUCUUCAGAGUUGCUCAGGCAAGCAAUCCAUGGCCUAGAUAGCGACUUGGAGAAUAACCUUUCGUCAUCAUCACCAUCAUCAUUCUUCUCACGAGAUUAAUUUUGCUUUUGCCAAACCAAUGAAUGAUGCCUUUCUGUGGCUAUGUGUUACUGCCACCUGUUCUUCAACAAGCUUAGUUAUGUCCAAAGCUGGGACUCUCUAUUCCUAGGUCUGCCUUUUUAGUCUGUUCAAAGGUGCAAAAGGGGUACUUGAAGAAACAACAAAGUAAGAGAAGAUUUCAAACAAACGAAGAGAUCAGAUUAUUGGACUUUCUUGUUUUUCUCUGUUGGAGUUUUGGUCAAAGGCGAUGCUGCCAGCAGCUAUGUCUAAUUCAACUUCUUUGUCUGAAGAAGCUAGUGUUUCUUCUGGUACAAGAGUUCAGGACCUUGGUACGUUAAAUCGAGUGCUUUCAACAACUAAUCCACAGCAGCCACAAAAGAUGAAGAAAAAGAGAAGCCUCCCUGGAAACCCAGUAUUUGAUGGUGAUUCAGACCCAGAUUCUGAAGUGAUUGCAUUAUCCCCAAAGACUCUACUGGCCACCAAUAGAUUUGUGUGUGAGAUCUGCAACAAGGGCUUUCAGAGGGAUCAAAACCUUCAGCUUCACAGGAGAGGCCAUAACCUCCCUUGGAAGCUGAAGCAAAGAAACAGCAAAGAGGUCAGAAAGAGAGCUUAUGUUUGCCCUGAGCCUUCUUGUGUUCACCAUCAUCCUUCAAGGGCUCUGGGUGAUCUUACAGGAAUUAAGAAACACUAUUGCAGGAAACAUGGGGAGAAGAAGUGGAAAUGUGAGAAAUGCUCAAAGAUCUACGCAGUUCAAUCAGAUUGGAAGGCUCAUUCUAAAACCUGUGGGACAAGAGAAUAUAGAUGUGACUGUGGAACCCUUUUCUCAAGGAAGGACAGCUUCAUUACCCAUAGAGCUUUCUGUGAUGCAUUAGCUGAAGAAAGUGCAAGAUCACUCUCAGCAAACCAAUUAGCCACAACAAACCGGCCAACAGUUCAGCCUCUCUUCCACUUUCCAACCCAACAUUUCCCAACCCCACCACAAACCCACAUCUCCCAGCUCACUCCCUGGGACCCAACCCAAAACCCUAACCCUAAUUCCACCCAUAACCUAGUUCAGAUCAAGCCCGAAGCUCACCAUUUCCAAAUGCCAGUACUACAUUCUCUCUCUUCUCCCCAUGCGCAAACUUUCUUCCAAGAACCACCGACACAUCACCACCCGAAGGCAUUGAUAACCUCACCCUUCCAAAAGCUUCAUGUGACCACCCAACACACCUCCAACCCUGCCACGUCAGCACACCUCUCAGCCACUGCACUCCUCCAAAAGGCUGCAACCGUCGGUGCAGCUGCCACUGCAACCCAACAGGCUCAGUCAGUGGGUCACAUGAUGACUCACUUAAACAACGUGGGCGAGUUUGGAACAGUGACUCAAAUGAACCCAAUGAGUCACAUCCCGGCCUCCGAGUACAUGGGUACUGGGUUCACGUCCGGAGACAUUGCGGCGUGGCGGAAGACUGACCGUCUGACAAGGGACUUUCUGGGUCUGACGGAUGGUAAUGGUGCUGUGGACGUCGGACAUGGUGGUCACGUUAACGUUAGCGUGAACGUGAAAGAUAUGCUAUCGUUCACGAAUAGUGGCGCCGUAGACCAUCACCAGACGUUCCAACAACCAUAUGAACGUACUGACCACACGCUGUUGAAGUCCCAUGGUACUUUUGGAUUCGCAGAGCCUGCCUCCGAAACUUGGGGGGAUUGUUGAUCGUAAAAAAGCUUGCAAUUAAACGACCAGGCAGAAAUACUACUUCAAACUCCUGUAAAAGGGCAGAAGUAUAUACCAAUGCCUAUGCCUCCCCCACCAAAGGAAGUUCGACCAAAUUUCUCUGCGUAUUUGAUAGCAAUUUUCUUUCCUAUAUAUAUGUUCGCUGUAGUUUCCCUUUAAAGAGGUAUGCUACCCUAGCAUUGCUCUUAUUUUGUUUUUAAUUAACUCUUUACAUUAGUUUUAAAUUGAGUGAGCUUCUGUCAUUAGGAUUUUUACCUG